AUGUCAGAUUACAUCCCUGAAGAUGUUGUGAACAAAAUUCUCUUGAAGUUACCGAUCAAAUCGUUAAUGAGAUGCAGAGUUGUUUGCCACUCUUGGAACAACCUCAUAAAAAGCUCAACCUUCAUAAACAGCCACCUGUGCAGCAUAUCGCAGCUCCAUUCUGAAAACGAGGCUCAUGAUCUCCUCCUCCUACAGGGUUACGCCGACGAAAAUGGUCCUGUGAUUUACUCACUGCAUUGGGAUGACCCCGAGUUAAGUGAGUGCACCGAUUUCAUAACUCCCACUUACACCAUUGUGCCUGAUUUGAUCGGAACUUGUAACGGGCUAGUAUGCCUUAGUACCUGCAGUUCUCUCAGUGCUGGUCGCAUAAUACUUUGGAACCCUUCCAUUCGAAAGUACGUGUUUUCAUCUAUUCCAUCGAGUUGUUUCGAUGGUGAAGAAAACUUUGCUUUUGGCUACAAUUCAAAUAACAAUGACUAUAAGGUGUUGUUAUUAACGGACAGACAAGCUGAGGAUGACCAAACUGUACAUGCAGGUAUGGUUUGGCCGUUUGCCAGUGGAGAUUGGAAGAGCUUCAGUCAUGAAACUCUUGAGCCAAUUGAUGUCUAUAGUCCCUUUGAAGAAGGAUUAGCGUCUGUCAAUAAGGUUCUGCAUUGGCUUCAAUAUGAAUUGACAGAAGAUUAUGAUGAUAAGUACAUUGUCUCCAUCGUUUCGUUCGACUUGGUCACUGAUUCGUUUAAGUUACAGGAAGCUUGGGUGAACAAAACUUUAUCCUCUAUUCGUAUUACAAGGUAUGAGGAAACCCUUGCUGUGUUUGAGUUUCGUUCUUAUGAAAAUGAAGAGUUUGUUGACAUGUGGGUAAUGAAAGAAUAUGGUGAAAACUGUUGGACAAAACUUGUAACUCUAAGGCAUGGGCUCUCUAUCGAUCCAUUUGGUUUUAAGAACAGUCGUGAAAUAGUGGUCGGAGUGGAGGAUGAAGAAGGUCGUUUAGAGCUGAAGUCGAUGAACAUGGACGGCAAACAAGUUAAGCAAUUUGGUCGUAGCGGAUACAAGUUCUUCUUCAUGGAUUCGUUUAUAGAGAGCCUUGUUUUGCUCGACCAUCCUAAAGCCAUUUCUUAUUAA